AUGAAUCGCAGCCCGCGAAUGUUAAAAUUUCAACCAAAUCCGCGAUCGAAAAGUCGAUUCCAAGAUGAUGCAGAUCUCCGCUCUAUGCGAAGUUUUAAGACCGACUUCUCUAACUAUUUGGCAAGUGAUACGAAUUUCCUAAAUGUAGCAGAAAUUAUGACAUCAUACGCUUAUGGAGAGAGCAACAAUGCAAAUGAGAAGGAAGUUCAGUGUGACCUUCUAACUGAAAAUGGAGGUAUUGAGAUAGAUCCCACAAGAUUGUCAUACAGAGAAAGAAUCCGAUGGCAUCUUCAACAAUUUUGCUACAAAACUUCUAGUCAUGGUAUACCAAUGCUGGGUCAAGCACCUAAUAGCUUGUAUCGAGCAGUUUGGGUGUUCCUCCUUCUUAUUUGUGCUAUACAGUUCAUCAACCAGGCGCUUGGUGUCUUCAAAAGUGUCAUGAAAAAAGCGGGUGACAGUAGUACGGAAGUAGUUGAAGGAGACUAUGAUAUGGAUGGAAUAACUAUCCAAGCGAGACGCAAAAAAAGAGGAGCCGGAGAGAAGGGAACAUUCGAACCAGCGAACUCUGCAUGUGAAUGUGAAGAAGAGGACGGCUCGAAUGAAUGCGAGGAGAAAUCCGAAGAAAAGCCAACAGCCGAUCAUGACAUGUGCAUUUGUGCAUUUGAUCGGCAGACCAAUGAUGCGUGGCCUUGUCAUAGAAAAGAGCAGUGGACGAAUACAACAUGUCAAACAUGUGAUGAGCAUUAUUUAUGCAGCAAGAAGGCUAAGAAAGGAACCAAAAGAUCGGAAAUAAAGAAGGAGCCGUGCCUAUGUGAGAGCAAGGGACUCUUCUGUAUCAAACAUGAACAUUCCGCAUUGGUUCUAAACCUCUGGGAGUAUUUUGGUAAAAUGGAAGAUUUUUCGGAUAUUUCAACUGAAGAACGGGAGGCGCUAGGUUUUGGAAACAUGACAGAUGAAGUGGCCAUUGUGACAAAAGCUAAGGAAAAUAUUAUUUUUGCAAUGAGUGCUUUGUCAGAAGAGCAGAGGAUUCUGAUGUCCCAAGCAAAACAUAACUUGAUUCACAAAUGCUCCUUCAAUGGAAAGCCAUGUGACAUUGAUAAAGAUUUUGAACUUGUGGCUGACCCAACAUUUGGAAAUUGUUUUAUCUUCAAUCACGACCGAGAAAUUUUCAAAUCAAGUGUACGCGCUGGUCCUCAGUAUGGCUUACGAGUGAUGUUGUUCGUCAAUGCCAGUGACUACCUGCCAACGUCAGAAGCCGUCGGAAUACGGCUGACCAUCCAUGACAAAGAGGAUUUUCCGUUCCCGGACACAUUCGGCUAUUCGGCACCGACCGGUUACAUUUCAUCGUUUGGCAUGCGGAUGAAAAAGAUGAGCAGAUUACCUGCGCCGUACGGAGAUUGUGUGGAGGAUGGCGCUACUUCAAACUACAUUUACAAAGGUUAUGCAUAUUCCACCGAAGGAUGCUACCGUACUUGUUUUCAAGAACUGAUUAUUGACCGUUGUGAAUGCAGUGAUCCACGGUUUCCGUCCAUCGGGGAUGUUCAACCGUGUCAAGUGUUCAAUAAAAACCAUCGGGACUGUCUGGAGAAACACACUCAUCAAAUUGGAGAAAUUCAUGGAUCUUUCAAGUGCCGAUGCCAACAGCCUUGCAACCAGACAAUCUACACAACUUCAUAUUCUGAAGCAAUUUGGCCCUCUCAAGCUCUUAAUAUAUCUCUGGGGCAAUGUGAAAAAGAAGCUGAAGAGUGUAAUGAAGAAUAUAAAGAAAACGCUGCAAUGUUAGAAGUUUUCUAUGAAGCACUCAACUUCGAGGUGUUAUCCGAAUCCGAAGCUUAUGGAAUUGUAAAACUGAUGGCUGAUUUCGGAGGACAUCUUGGAUUGUGGUCUGGAGUCUCAGUAAUGACUUGUUGCGAGUUUGUGUGUUUGGCAAUUGAGCUAUUCAUCAUGGCCAUUUCACAUCAUGUCAACCAGCAGAGAAUUCGGCGACGAGAAAAUGCAGCCAAUGAUUUUUGA